UGCGCGUGCGCACCGCUUCCCGGUCUCCUUCCGCCUCCGACGGGGGAACCUCCGCUCCCGCGCUCUGUGGGCUGUAGGUGGCGGCUCUGUUGUUUAUAGUGUGUUGUUUGUUGAGUCGCGUUUCCACGCCACCUGUGACGGUCAGCGGCGGUUGCCCACGGCUCAGCGCCUCCGCGGACUGCGGCCGGUCGUUGCCAUGACAGCGACCGCUGGGGGCCCUGGAUCUUGGAGUGAAAAUAUACUAGAAUAUUUUCUGAGAAAUAACCACAUCACAACAGAAGAUGGCGCUGAGAUCAUCUGGUAUCAUGCUGCUAACCACAAGGCACAGGUGAAUGAGGCACUGAAAAGUCCUGCUCACAUGAUAGAGGCUGAUGUCCUUCUUCCAAGUGAUGGAUCAGAAUAUAGCCAACCAAUCAUGGCCCAUCCUCCUGAAACAAAUAGUGAUAAUACUUUACAGGAAUGGCUCACUGAAGUUAUAAAAAGCAAUAAAGGCAUCAAACUGGAUUUUAAGAGUCUAGCAGCUGUGGAACCAUCCAUGAUGCUCCUGGAAAAUGUGAAGAGGCAUCUGCAGCGUCCUGUGUGGAUUAAUGCUGAUAUUCUUCCUGGUCCAAAUGGAAAUAGCAGAGUAGUGGAUGCAAAACCUUUUAUAGACACAGUGACAUCCUUCUUUCCAGAUGUGACAUUUUCCCUGGGUUGGACAACAGGAUGGCAUCCUGAGAAAGUCAAUGAAGGUUACAGUUGGACAAUGGUGAAAGAAAUGGAAUAUAUAUGUAAGGACCUAAAUCUGCCUGUAACAUUUCCUGUCAGAGCAGCAUUAGUUAGGCAGUCUUGUUCUCAGUUACUCUGGCUGUUAAAGAAAUCAAACAGGUACAGCCUGACUAUUUGGACUGGGAAAAAUGAUAACUAUUCCAUUGAAGAUUUGCUUUGCAUUAGAGACCAUUUUGACAAAAAACAAGUUUUCUAUGACAUCUUGGAACCACAAAACCAUGAAUUUAAACAAGCCAUUGGAGUCAAAGUUAAUCUCUAAGAAGAUUCUUCUAAGUUAUUUCAUGUUUUGGUUUCAUAAUCCCCUGCUUUGGUCUGAACUAAUUACCACAUAAAUUAUGAUGAUUGAUUUAUUCUCCACAUCAUCUAAUCAAAGAACACUUAGUGCUUACUUUAUUAGGCAUAUAUCCUUAUGAUACUGUACUUACUUAAAAGAUUUGAAAAGAGGAGGGGUGCCUGGGUGGCUCAGUCAGUUAAGUGUCCAACUUUGGCUUGGGUCAUGAUCUCACAGCUCAUGGGCUCAAGCCCCAUGUCCAGCUCAUGGGUUCAAGCCCCAUGUCAGGCUCUAUGCUGACAGCUCAGAGCCUGGAGCCUGCUUCUGUCGCUCUCUGCCUCUACCCCACUCAUGCUGUGUCUUUCUCUCAAAUAUAAAUAAACAUUAAAAUUUUUUUAAAAAGAUUUGGAAAUAAGAUAUUUCAGUGGGCCUGUUCUAAUAAUAAUUUAGGAAGAUUAUGCUUUAAAAACCUUUAUAAAAAUAUGAUUUUGAUAUACUAAAGGUAAUUGAAAGAAUUUACAUGUUAUAGCUUGGAUAUAAAUCACAUUUUGUUGCCACUUGUA